GACGCUUUGACAUGCAGUUCAAGCAACUAUUUCGCAGGACAAACCUGAUCAACAUCCUCACCCAGCAACAAACCUGCCACUAUGCUCACGAUCCAUUUCCCAACAAGGUCUCCCACUACCUCCACCGCGCCAAACUCAUCGAUUCCAUUCGUCUCCGGCUCCGGUCCAACGCCCCAAACUCUCUCGCUCCGCUCGCAAACGACCGGCUUCUUGACUCCUUUGUUGUCACUCAAGCCCUCCGCUCCGCGCCCUCCGCCGAUUCCGCCCUCUCCCUCGUUGAGUUUCUCGAAUCAAACCCUCGUUUCGAUCAUACCCAGAACACGGUUCAUGCCUUGGCCACAGUGCUUGCCAAGUCUCGCCGAGCUGCGGAGCUUAAUUCCCUCAUUGAAGCAGUUCAUGCUGGGAAGUUUCGAAAUGUUCGCAUCAGCUUCAUGAAUGUUAUGCAGUGGCAGGCUGCGGUUGGAGAUGUCGAGGCAGUUGUUAAAACAUGGGAUGAGUAUAGAGUCAGCUCGGAGAAACGUGUGUGCGUGGAGUCUUAUAACAUUGUGAUGCGCAUUUUUGCGCAAAUGGGAAAAGAUUCAGAGGCGGUGAGGGUUUUUAGUAUGAUGAUUGAAGAAGGGGCAAUCCCGAAUAGUCGGACUUAUACGGUGAUGAUUGAGCACCUUGUGAGUUCUGGGAAGUGGAAAUCUGCAAUGGAGGUGUUUAAUGUGCUGCCCUUGAUGAGGGUGAAGCGAACUUUGAACCAGUUUUCAGUUUUGGUAGAUGCAUGUGUUGGUGUUGAACAGUUUGACGAGGUUAAGAAUUUACUUAAAGAAAUGCGGGUUGAUGGGAUAUUGCCCGGGCGAGCUAUGCGUUUGUCUUUGCAACGGAUUCAAGAGGCGGGGUUUGUUCAUGAGACUGAUGAAUUUCUAAGAGAAAUGUUGCCGAAUGAGGGAAUCAAGAGCAUAAAGUAUUGUGUUGAUAGCAGUGAUGGUGAUGACGAUGACGAUGAGGAUAGUGGUGAGGAUGCUGGUGAUGAUGUUGGUGGAGUUGGUGAUGUUAAUGGGGUUCAGUUAAAGCCAUGGUUAGACCCAAGAUUAUUAGCAAAUGCCUUGCAAAAAUGGAACUCUGAUGAGGUAUCAGCAUUGGAGGAGGCAAAAUUUGUGUGGACUACUCGUUUAGUAUGCAAGAUUCUUAGGAAUUUUAAAUCAGCAGAAACAGCUUGGAGUUUUUUCUGUUGGGUCGCUUGUCAGCCGGGUUUUACUCAUGAUAUUUACACAGUACAAAGGAUGAUGACCCUUUUAGCACGCCACGGGCUUUCUGAAUUGGUUGACCAACUAUUAAACAAAAUAAGGAUUGAGCAAAUGAGAUUGCCCUUCUGCACUAUCAGGUUGAUCAUUGAUUUUUAUGGUAUCUCAAAGGAAGCUGACGCUGCUCUGAAGGUCUUUCACGAUGAUAAACUCUGUGGCCCUAUAUCGAACUUUAAUUUGAUGCUUCUGUAUUCCUCUCUUUUACGAACAUUGACCAAGUGCGGGAGGGAUUCUGAUGCAUUGGAUGUGCUUGAAGAGAUGAUUAUGUCUGGGAUUGUUCCCGAUAUCCAGACGUUUUCAGGGUUGAUGCAUCAUUUUGCACUAAAUGCGGACAUCAAAACUGUGCAGAAACUCUUUGCAAUGGUUAGGCAGAGUGGAGUUCAGCCAGAUGCUUAUAUGUUUAAAGUCCUGAUCCAAGCAUAUUGCAAGUGUGGGAGAGCUGCUCUUGCAUGGCGGGUUUUUGAAGACCUACGGAAUUUAAAGUUGGUGCCUGACGCCGCCACAAAAGAGCUGCUUGUAAAGAGUCUUUGGAAGGAAGGAAAGCGGAGAGAGGCUGCCGCGGUGGAAGAGAGUUAUGAGGAAGUAAGUGACGCCCUUCCGCUCACAUUGCGCGGCCACUUAUGGACGGUAAGCUCUGCUGAUCUUACAAAAGUUUUUUCUAUUUACUCAAACUGGUUUCUUAUCAGCUGGCGGGUAGAGUUUUUGUACUAACUGGUUUACUAUGUAGCGGAAUACUUGCAUCGUACAAUCGUGAAGUUAAGGACUGUAUCUACAACUACAGAUACUGUCUUAAAUGUGUGCGCUUGUGUUGUUAUGUACUGGUAUUUAUUUUUCCCUUCACAGUGGAUGGAAAUUAGACAAAUCCCAUGUCCUUAAUUAAUCAUUUGCUUUGUAGACAUGUUUUCCUUUAAAUUGUCUGAUUAUUUGUUUCUA